AUGGCAGCAAAAGAACCCAUCUCCUUCAUCGGCCUCGGCGCCAUGGGCUUCGGCAUGGCCACUCACCUGGUCAAGGAGGGCUACUCAGUGACGGGCUUCGACGUGUGGGGCCCAACGCUGGAGCGCUUCAAGGCGGCCGGCGGCAGCACGGCCAGCACGCCGGCACAGGCCGUCGCCGACAAGCCCUUUUGCGUGUGCAUGGUCGCGACGGCACAGCAGGCGCAGGCCGUGCUGAUCGACGGGCCCGACGCCGCCGUCCCCGCCCUGCCGCAGGGUGCCGUGCUGAUGCUGUGUAGCACCGUGCCGUGCCAGUACGCGCAGGCGCUCGACCAGCAGCUGAGGGACAUGGGCCGCGGCGACAUCUUGUUUGUCGACUGCCCCGUUUCGGGAGGAGCGAUCCGCGCCGCAGACGGCACGCUGUCCAUAAUGGCUGGUGCGUCCGACGCCGCCAUCGCCAAGGGCCGCGAGAUCCUGCAGGCCAUGUCGGACCCGGCAAAGCUGUACAUCGUGGCGGGUGGAGUGGGGGCUGGGUCGAACAUGAAGAUGUGCCACCAGGUCCUGGCCGCGAAUCAGAUCUUGUCGGCCAGCGAAGCCAUGGGGUUCGCCGCGCACCUAGGCCUGAACCUGGAAAAGGCGCGUGAUGCUAUCCUUGCCUCGGACGGCAAGAGCUGGAUGUUUGAGAACCGCGUGCCGAGGAUCCUGCACCCGGAGCACAAGCCCAUCGCCAGCGCUUUGACUAUCAUCCUCAAGGACACGAGCAUCAUCACGUCCGAGGCCAGGAGGAGGCACUUUGCCACGCCCAUGACCAGCGCGGCCGAGCAAGCGUACUUUGUAGGGCUUGGGCUGGGCUACGGUCCCGACGACGACGCGGGCAUGCUGCGCGUGUACACGCAGGGCGUCGGCAAGGUCGGCCCGGUGCAGGCCGCUGCCGAGACGGAGGAAGCCAAGAUGGCACUGGUGCUGGCGCUGCUCGAGGGCAUCCACUUGUGCUCGGCGGCCGAGACGCUGGCCUUUGCCGACUUUGUCAAAUUGGACCUGGAUCAGGUCUUUGAGCUGUGCACCAACGCCGCGGGAGGUUCCAAGAUGCUCGACAGGUUCGGGCCGGGCAUCCUCGCGGCUUUCAAGAGCGGGGUCGCCGCCAAGGGGUGGGAGACCGAGUCGGGCGUGUACGAUAUGACGGCCGCCGCGGAUAAGUUGCAAGCUGCCGUGGAUGAGGCGCAAAGGUUGAAGAUGCCGCUGUUUUUGGGCACACAGGCGCUGAACUUGUUGAGGACGGCGACGAGGUCUUUGGACAGCAAAGCAUCUGCUGGGUCGGUGGUCAAGUUAUGGACGUAA